CAAUACUAUUUGUAGCUUCAGAGUGGAGAUUUGGUGCACAACCGACGAAAAUUAGCUGCACAACAUACCGCAUAUCAGCUAUAUUAACGUACUUCUCGAUGCGGCACAAAUUGUAGAACGAGCGGGGUUCGGUGAUGAGAGAUAUCCGGUGGUUCUGGAUUUGAAGUAUGUACACAAUUGAGUUGGGCUUCGCGAACCAAACUGAACUUCUCCGGACACAUCAAAAGACCGGAAGGCUCACGUGGAUCGUCAUGUGACCCCAUCUGGACUUGACGUAAAAAUACUAACACUGGAGAUAAUCAGAUUCGGGAUCUCAUUAAGUACAACUGUAACUUAUGAGGUGAGAGUCUUGAAUCAGAAGCAUUCGCGAGAAGAAAAGCGGUCUCUCCACUCUGAUUAGUAUUGUGAACUGUAACACCUUCGAUGAAGAAACAUACGCGUUGGGGAGGCCGCCCUCAGAGCCCUGCCAGUUGUCAAAUACAUGUGCCUGGAACUGAGAGUUGAUGAUCUAAUUCUCAGACAACAGAUCAUGAUCUCUAUCCGCGUCUGUUCUUGCUUUCAACAGCCCUCUGACUCGAAAUCAUCAUCCGCGGGCGUUUACAGCUUCCAGUGACUCGACGUCAUCUGACUCGCUCCGGAAUCAGUCGCGCCGGCGUCUGUACACAUCUUAUCCUCCACAUUCAUCCCACCAAGCCCUCACGAUGAACCCCUGGGGAGCAGCAGCACCUCCACCCUGGGCGCCACAGCCCGCGGGCUACUUCCCACCCGGAUACGCUACGCCGCAAUACGCGUCAUACUGGGCGCAGCCGGGGUGGAACGCCCCCACCGUCAACGGAGCGUUCAACUCGGUCAAGUACCCGACCCUGAACCCGAUCCUCGCGCUGGGGACGACGACGGUGCGAUACGACGUGCGGGGGCAGGCGCGGAACGAGAUCGCGCAGGCUAUCUACAUGCCCAACCGCCUGCUGGUCGCCACGUCCAACCAGGCCACGCAUGUGCGGCUGAUCUCCAAGGCCUUCCCGUGGUCCAUCGAAAUCGUGUCCGCCAGCCCUGUGACCUGCGAAGUCAUCUGGGACGCCCUUUAUAAGGCUCUGCAAGAGCCGAUCGCCGAUUCCGAGUGGGGGAUUAUCAUCCUGGACAGGAAACAGCGCGAAACAAUUGAGAAGGCAGCCAAGAAACGAUCUGACAAUCAGGAUGCUAGAUACAAGAGAAUAGAUUGGCUGGGUGGGGCGACCAUCUUCAAGGGCUUGGAGAAGCUGGAGGAGUUCCAGGAUAUGCGGAUGCUGCCGGGCGCUGAGCCGUGUGCGGAGACUUGGGUUGUCAGGAUGUCGACCUCUUGAAGUUUGUACUUCAGAGCCGAAUGUAAUUAUAUAUAUCUGUACUUUUAUAGCUGGUGGUGGUCCAAGCAGCAAAUUGCGGACACGUGUUUCAAUGACAGCUGUCAAAAUUUUCCCUUUGCCGAGCUUCAAGCUCAAGUUCGAGUCUCCUCCGCCGCCGCUCCGUGUCAGCCAGUAUGGUGUCCUUCCAGACACAGUGAAGAAGCCGAAACUCGAUCAGCACUACGGACGCUGCUACGCCGGGUUCGACUGCAUCGAUUGCUCCAAGACCUUCAACACCCCAGCGGAGUUCAAAGGCCACACGUCCUGCGUCAGCGAAGCCGAGAAAUACGAGAAGAGCGUGUACAAGGGCCCCCGGCAUAACGACGUGCAUCAGAAUGCACGCGGUGGCUCGAGGGGCGGACGGGGCGGUGGACGGGGCGGCUGGAAUGGCGGCUGGAUCCCCACGCGCGGGACCGGCCCGAAUAGCACCCCCCUCGGCAACUCGCCCCGCAUAUCGCCCCCUACCCCUGCCGCCCCGCCAAAGUACUCAGAAGUGGAGAAAGAUCUGAAGGAGGAAAAAGAAAAGGCGAAGCAGGAGAAGCUCGCGGCCAAGCUGAAGCGCAAGGCCGAGAAGGCUGAAAAGCGGGCGACGGAGAAGGCUUCAACGACCGUUGAAUCAUCUGCUGCCGAUGAGCUAGAGGCGAAAUUGAAACGCAAAGCGGAAAAACGAGCCGCCAAGAAGGCAGCGGCAAGCGCGGACGCGGCCGCAACACCAGAAAACGUGCCUCCCAGAACCCCAAAAGAACUCGAGUCCGAGCUCAAGAAAGAGCGGAAACGGCUAAAACGCGCCCAAAAACUUGCGGAUGCCGUGAAUACCGCGCCCGAGGACCCAGCGCCGCUCGAGACGGUCUCUGCGUCGUCGAAGAAGCGAAAGCGGAACGAGGACGAGGCGGAGACUAUCGCUGUCGUGGAGACGGCCGAAAGGAAACAGAAGAAGGAGAAGAAGGAGAAGAAAAGCAAGGACGCAAGGACCUCCAUGGAUGUGGAUGUAGUCGCGUCGGACGCAGCACCCGUAGAGAAGAAGAAAAAGUUGAAGAAGGCGGAAACGGACGCGACCGACACGCCAAUGGACGUCGACGCACCCAAGGAUGGAGACGACGAGAAGAAGAGGAGGAAGAAAGAAAAGAAGGCCAAGACGGAGGCCAAGGCGGAGACGAGCGAGCAAGUGGACAAGAAGAAGAGGAAGAAAGAUAAGAAAGCAGAGGGCGUCACGGCCGUAGAGUAG